UUUAAGCCAUUAACCUAACCUUCUGUUCUGCUAAUGAAGCCAGUUCCUAUAAAACCCAACCUCACAUUGCAUUCAAGAUCACUACUCAGGUUUCAUUCUUAAGGAGUGAAGAAAACAAGAAAACCUCUCACAAGAUAAAAAUGGCAACCGUGAAUCGUAGAUGGCUGCUUCAAGAAUGUCUGUUUUCUCUUGCUUUCUUCACGUUUUUCUUUCUUCUCCUGCUAUCGCGGCCCUGAAGAAGUAUGACUUCAAUAUACAAGUGAAGAAUGUGAGCAGGUUGUGCAAUGCCAAACCUAUUGUCACAGUAAAUGGCAUGUUCCCAGGGCCCACUAUUUAUGUUAGAGAAGGAGAUCAAGUCCUUGUUAAUGUCACCAACCAUGCACAAUACAAUGUGUCCAUUCAUUGGCAUGGCUUGAAGCAAUUCCGGAAUGGCUGGGCAGAUGGCCCGGCAUAUAUAACACUGUGCCCUAUCCGGUCUGGCCGUAGUUACACUUACAAUUUCACUGUCACGGGUCAACGAGGAACGUUAUGGUGGCAUGCACACAUUCUGUGGCUAAGAGCAACAGUCUAUGGCGCCAUUGUUGUCAUGCCAAAGGAAGGAACUCCCUUUCCAUUCCCUCAGCCUUACCAAGAAACCAACAUAAUUUUAGGAGAAUGGUGGAAUCAAGAUGUUGAAACAAUUGUUAACCAAGCUAACAAGUUGGGCUUGCCUCCACAGCCCUCUGAUGCUCCUACAAUUAACGGGAAACCAGGACCGCUUUUUCCAUGCUCAGAGAAACAUACCUUUGCCAUGGAGGUUGAGUCUGGAAAAACUUACCUCUUGAGGAUUAUCAAUGCUGCACUUAAUGACGAGCUCUUCUUCACGAUCGCUGGUCAUAAUAUGACAGUCGUGGAGAUUGACGCAGUUUAUACGAAGCCCUUUACCAGCCAAGCUAUACUGAUCACGCCUGGCCAAACCACGAAUGUUCUCAUUAAAGCUGAUCAAUCUCCAAGCAGAUACUUCAUGGCAGCUAGGGCUUUCAUGGAUGCACCAAUUACUGUGGACAACAAGACAGCUACAGCUAUUUUUCAAUAUAAAGGCAUCCCAAACACAGUUCUUCCAACCCUGCCUCAGUUACCUGCUCCCAAUGACACCAAGUAUGCAUUGAACUACAAUAGCAAACUCAGAAGCCUAAACACCCCACAAUUUCCAGCCAAAGUCCCUCUUCAGAUUGAUCGCCAUCUUUUCUACACCAUCGGUUUAGGAAUGAAUCCAUGCCCCACUUGCCAAAAUGGAACGCAACUAGUGGCUUCACUAAACAACAUAACCUUUGUGAUGCCUAAGGUUGGGCUUUUGCAGGCUCAUUAUUUCAACCUUUCAGGAGUCUUUAGAACUGAUUUCCCAGAUCAGCCUCCAGCUCCAUUUAAUUACACAGGUGCAUCGCUUACUGCAAACCUUGCAACUACCACAGGGACCAGGCUCAGUAAGCUACGGUUUAAUUCUACAGUUGAAUUGGUCAUACAAGAUACCAAUCUUCUCUCUGUUGAAUCACACCCCUUUCAUCUUCAUGGUUUCAAUUUCUUUGUUGUCGGGAGCGGGAUUGGCAACUUUGAUCCCGAAAAAGACCCAGCUAAGUUCAACUUGGUCGAUCCUCCUGAGAGAAAUACAGUAGGUGUUCCUACCGGAGGUUGGACUGCUAUCAGGUUUAGAGCUGAUAAUCCAGGUGUCUGGUUCAUGCAUUGUCAUCUAGAACUUCAUACAAUGUGGGGAUUGAAGAUGGCUUUUGUGGUAGAGAAUGGGAAGUCAGCUGAAGAAACCGUUCUGCCACCUCCAAAAGAUCUUCCACCCUGCUAGAUCAAAGAAAAAGACCAGCUCCCAGUAAAGCAGCAAAUCCCCACGCCCUCCCUCCUCCUUCCCUGUCCUUGAUUGUUUCAAUUCACUAAUGUAAAUCUUCUAAUACCCUUUUCCUGCAAAAACUUGCAGCUGAAUGUUUCGGAUGAGAUUUCCAUAAUUUUAAUUUUAUGAUGCUGUCUUCAGGC